AUGGACAGCGCCGUCGAGAUGCGCACCCACAAGAUGACCACGCGGUCACUGGCCACCGCCCAAGAGCAGCAGCCCAGUUCCCGCAAGGCAAGGUCCCAACGACUCAAUCAGCGCUUGCGGAAGAAGUUUCACCAGUUCUCCAACUUUCCGUACGAGAUACGCCUCAUGAUUUGGGAAGAAUUCCUCAAUGAUUACGAAGACAAUCCAUCCGUUGCUUGGACACUGAUCUGGGGCAUGGACGACCCGGACGACCAUUCUGAUCCCACAAACAUUCGCUUGCGUCCGUACAUCUUCAUCCAGGGACACUGCCAAAACGAUCGUCUGGUAGAGUACAACUCGAACCCCCUUCUGAGAGUCAGCAAGGAGGCACGUAUUGCGGCCCUUCGCAAUCAGCGCUAUGUCAGUAUCCGCGCCUGGGACCUCGACAUGAACAUCAUCGUGCGACCGUCAAUGGACUACUUUUACAUCGAUUCGAUCACAUGUCGCGCAAUGUUCAAAUUCCGUCUUCAAGACUUCACGGAGGAAUAUGGAAACCCAACUACCUUUACCCUCGCAGAGGAUAUGAGCUUCGUCAAACAUGCAUUUGUUCGAGAUCUCGACUUCUUCAAGGUUGACAAGGAUAAGGAAUGCUUCAAUAUUCACAAGAAUGCACCCGCAGCAAUAUGCACGUGGUGUGCUCUGGACAAACUCUUCAACAACUGUCUCGGCACCACGCAGACUAUUGUCACUAUUCUCUACGACUAUGAAGAUGUCCUUGAUGAUACUAUUGAUUGGGAGGACAGACUUGACUUUGGCUCGCGGUUAUUUUCCGGCAGUCGUUUGUGGCCACUCUGGGCCCAAUACAGCUAUUUGUGUGGGGAGUUCAUCACUGACGAAGACUGCACAAUUGGAUGGGAACUAGUCUGGGAGGAGCUUACUGGUCCAGAUGCAGAUCAAGCGCUUCAAGAUCUUCCCUUUUCUGGGUACUGGUGCCAUAUCUGCAAUGAGCCGGUUCCGGGUGACACCGAUCCUGACCUGAUGUACGAGAGAGUGCGUCAGUCUCUUCGAUCCGCGAAGACUCGCAAAGUUAGGCCUCGUCGACCGGUGAGAAGUCUGCCGCAUGGAAGAUCGGUUCUUUUGGAGGACUCUGGCCUUGCUUUGAGACGCCAGCCGCCCCGUGAUACCAUCGAGCUUCGGACUACAUGUGUCGCAGAAUGCGAGAACGGUGUACACGAAUAUCCGGCCAGAACAGGGGGUCCCCCCGCGGGUGGUGACGGCGUUGAGGGUGGUGAUGACAACGAAGGUAGUGAUGCUUGGCUGAACUGGCGUCUUGUUAAUGAAGGAAUUCAUUAUGGCGAAACAAGCGAUGAAGACGACAAUAUGGACGAUGACACUGAUGCUGAGUCAAACCAGGAGGAGGAUGAUCAGUCUGAGGGAUCGCUCGACGACUGA